AUGGCUGAAGAAAAACGCAAAUUAGAAAACGAAUCGGAGGUAGUUGGUGACGCCAAAACCGUGUCAGAAAAGGCCACUGAACCAGUCGAUACUAAUUCUACUAAAACUAAACAAAAGAGAAGAAGAAGAAAUUAUGAUGACUAUGAUGCCGAAGUUAACAAGGAUGAAGAGAAAAGUAAGGAAGAAUCAAAAACCGACGAUUUUAAAGGGGAGGGAGAUGAAGAUGAAAUUUCUGAUGAGAGAUUGGAUGCGAUGAUCACUUUAGAAGAUGAGUUCGAAGAUGACCUCGCUGAAAUAGAUACAUCUAAUAUUAUUACUACCGGUAGAAGAACUCGUGGUAAAAUCAUUGAUUACAAGAAGACAGCUGAAAAAUUAGAUGCUUCAACCGGAAAGAGUGCAGCCCUAGAUAAUGAAAAUGAUGAAGACGAAGACGAAGAUGUUGAUUUCAAAGAAUAA